AUGAGCUUUGGAUAUAGCAUUGGAGAUUUUAUUACCUUGGGAGACAAGGCAUGGACGAUCUACAAGAAAUGCAAAGAAGCACCAGAGCAGUAUGCACAGCUUUCUCAUUACGUGGAAGUGCUGCGUAUUGUCAUAGACGACGUUCAUAAAUUCUUGGAGGACGGGGAGCCGCCGGACAGCGAACGCAAACUCGCUUCUCUAGUCUCGUCAGCCCAGGGUUGUGAGACAACGCUAGCAGAGGUCGAAGAAUUCCUGGAAAAGCACUCAAAAGUAGGAAGCAAGAAUAAGCGGGUGAUUGACACUGCCAGAUUCAUAAUCAAGGACGUGCAAGGGCUAAGAUCGAGACUGGAAAUGAACGCUCAGUUGCUGCAGCUUUGUCUUGUAUCGUUCCAAAGUUUGUCGAUUGCGGUGGUACGGGAGAACCUACAUCAUAUCACCGAUGAGUACCGCUCCGGGACACGUGAACCGACGGUGCUGUCCAGCGUUCUUCUGGACAACGACAUGACACGCGUAGACGACGAGGACCUCUACGAGCAAAUCAUUGUCGACCUUGAGGGGAAAGGAACCCAUCCGGACUGCAUUACUUUGCACAACGAGUACAUCAGGGGUUGGAUACGCGACAUCACUCUCCAGAACAUACAAGGUGAAGAAGCAGAUGGAGCAACAGCCAUAACCGCGUCGGACCCCACUGAACUUGCCGUUGUGCCUGAGACUAGGAUUCGUUCCUGGGUUGCUAGCACAGAAAUCGACUCUGAGAGUAAAGUUUCCACGUUGGAGAACAUUGAAGUUGAGGUGCCACUGGAUUGCUCCUCAAUGCCUGGCAGUAUCGCGGGCCUUCCAAGCGACGACAGUGGUCCGUCACCACCGGACCAGCCUAAUCCGGAGUACGUCAAACGGGUCUUAGGCUCGCUCCUGGAUACCGACCGUUUCUUGCUCUGCAAUUCUCCAGACGCACUGCCCAGGAUUCAACGCGUCUAUGAGAGACUGGAUUACACUCAACGUGGGUGCCUAACGCGGAGCGAAAUACUCAAAGCAUCACAGGACGCAUUAGAAUACGUUGGCAUCACUGGAAUCGCCCUCGACAAGCUGCGUCUACAUGCAGUCAUCUCCACGUUUGACGAAUACAGAGUUGGCAAGUAUGACGAACAGGCGUUUACAUCCUUCGUACGUCAUUUGCAGCAACUUUGUGUCAAAGCAAGGCGAGAGCAAUUGGCCGAAAUAGUCACCUUCUACGGUGCAGAAGCCAGGGCCUACCUUGAUUCUGAGCGGAUGCAUCAGAUUGAGGGACACAUGCAAAACACAAAGCUGGAGAAGCUUGAUCUCGGCAGUCCGAAGUACAUUCCUCCCUUCGGCUGGUCUGAGAAUGCGCCUGGCUCGACCGUCCGCUUUCGGGACAACAUAAGUGGUAAAGACGCAGAACAACUUCCACUUGUGCACAGAAAAUCUUUCAGCACCAUGGCUUCUGAUGCAGCGUGGGCUGUGGAAAGGAUUGACAUUAUUCAGGCCGAAUGGUUGCCGUUCGUACCAGCAGGUCUUCGCCAACCGUUUCUGGAUGGGUUCAACAAAGUCCGAAACGCAGGACUCAAGUACACAAUCUUCGAGAACGACGGCGACCCCUAUCGGCUCAGUGAUCUGGACGACUUUGCCGUCAGCUACCAUAUAAUGCGAAAGUUGGAACCGGGCACCCUUCCGGCCGCUCUUCAUCCCAUCAUGCAAGAUCUCGAAAUGGCCCGCAUUUACAGCUUUGAAGCGCUCGGGGAUAUCCUUGCUUUUGUUUACCACCUCGCCAGAUCUCUGCAAACCGACCAAGUCGUUCAGCGCUUCUCCAUUCUGAAUUCAUCAUGGAGGGCAACCCAAGCACUGAGCGCUUCUCGUUUGAUACUUCAGCGUCUAAACGGAUGGAGCGACGUGGUGGAGGCGACGAGGAAGUGCCGGCAGAUCAACAUAGCGAUGUUGCACAAUCGAGCCUUGUCGAUAUCUCAAGAGUCCCUGCGCUGCCAGCUGAGUGAGGUGCUGUUCGAAAGCACGUUGCUGGAAAUGUCCAUAUCGGGUCUCAAGCCAUCGAAGUUGUUUUGGUCAAGUGCUGUGCCAUUGAACAACCGCUAG